AAUAGAGUCCGGGAGAAGUGUCUGUAGCCCUACGUGGGACCCCGUAGUCGUUCUCUCGGCGCCGGGCGGCCUGUCCCCGCCGCUUGGCGGGCUAGGGCAGGGGAAAUGUUGCAGGAGGAGUCGGAUCUGUCUCUCAUUAUUGCUCAGAUAGUCCAAAAACUCAAGGGCUCCAAUUUGUACUCUCAGUUGGAACGGCAGGCCUGGGCCAGUCUUCAGAGACCUGAGAUUAAACUUGAAUCACUAAAGGAAGAUAUUAAGAGAUUCUUUAAAACAUCAGGCUGGGAGAAGAAACUUCAGAAUGCUGUUUACAGUGAACUGAGUGUGUUUCCUUCUCCUCGUCACCCUGCAGCGCCCCCUGAGCAUCUUAAAGAACCUUUGGCAUACAUGAGGAAAGCACAGGGAAGUUGGGAAAAAAGAAUUUUGAAGAGUUUAAAUAGUAUGUGCACUGAGCUGAGUAUCCCAUUGGCACGAAAGCGGCCCGUUGGAGAACAGAAAGAACUCCUCAGUAAAUGGAAUGAAAUGGGAACUGAUGAACCAGAUUUAAGCCUUUUCAGACCUGUUUAUGCACCUAAGGAUUUUCUUGAGGUAUUAAUUAAUCUUCGCAACCCAAAUUAUGAAAAUGGUGAUUAUCUUAGUUUCAGGACUCAUUUGGGUUUAAUUCAAGUUCCACUGAAAGUAAAAGACAUCCCUGAAUUGAAAGAAUUAUUUGUAGAGCUCGGCUUAACUACAGGACAACUAGGUAUAGAUGAUGCUACACAAGUGCCUCCUGAACUUUUUGAAAAUGAGCAUGUACGUAUUGGGAACAAAGUUCUUGCAGAACAAGACAGUGCGGCCGCUCAGCAGUACGUCCGGCAAGGCAGCCCCACGGCCUUGAGAGCGGAGCUGUGGGCCCUCAUUUUGAACAUCUCCAGUCAGCCCGAGGAUAUCUUAUACUAUGAGCAGCUUAAGACCAAUGUGAUACAACAUGACCUUUUGGUGGACAGUCUAAUUUAUAAAGAUGUGAAGUUGACAGCAAGCAAUGAUGAUUAUUACUUUGUCUUUGAAGAUUAUUUAUAUCAGGUUUUACUUUGUUUUUCCCGGGACACAUCUGUGUUGGGUCACUUUGCAUACAACAGUGCUUCACCACCGAAAUCAUACAUACGAGGAAAACUAGGAAUAGAAGAAUAUGCUGUCUUUUAUCCACCAAAUGGUGUCAUCCCCUUUCAUGGAUUCUCAAUGUAUGUUGCACCGCUGUGUUUCCUGUACCACGAGCCUUCCAAACUGUACCAGAUAUUCCGUGAGAUGUAUGUGCGCUUUUUCUUCAGACUCCACUCCAUCUCCUCUCACCCCUCCGGCAUCGUGUCGCUGUGUUUGCUGUUUGAAACUCUCCUUCAGACUCACCUCCCCCAGCUCUUCUACCAUCUCCGAGAAAUCGGGGCUCAGCCACUUCGCAUAUCAUUUAAAUGGAUGGUUCGAGCGUUCUCCGGAUACUUAGCUACAGAUCAGCUCCUGCUUUUGUGGGAUAGAAUCCUAGGGUACAACUCUCUGGAACUUCUUGCUGUCCUGGCAGCUGCGGUGUUUGCCUUCCGCGCGGUCAACCUGAUGGAGGUGACAUCACUGGCUGCAGCUGAAGCAGUUCUUGCUGACCUUUCUACUUUAAAAGUUAUGCCUCUUCUUCAAAUUUUUUUGUUUGCCACUGUUACCUGAUCUUCUUCAAGGUCACUGAGAACACAUCUAGUUUUUCAAUAGAAACUAAUCAUGAACUAUGCAAAGUCUGCAUAAAACCAAAAUUAAACUUCGCAUAUAUGCCAAUAUAAGAUCAUGUUCCCUCCUUAAACCUAGGUAGUUUUUCACUUUUUGAGAAAAUAACUCAGCGCACCAAAUAUUGCACUGCAUGCUGCUGAUUUUUCAAGAGAGAAGCAAUAGACUAAACUUCUGCUAAAGUGAGCAUACUUUGUAUAUAAUCCUGACUUGGAAAAAGCAUGUAACAAUAUAUGCAAUAAGAACUAAAGAUACUGUAAUAAACUUGAAGAGGUAAUGUAGCCUCUGGGACAA